AUGAAGUCACUUGAGGUUUUACUCUUAGAUAGAAACAAUCUUUCUGGUCCAAUUCCAACAACACUAAGUGACUUAACUGAGCUCAAAACUUUGUACCUUUAUUCUAAUCAACUUUCUAGUUUUAUUCCUAGAGAGUUGGGAAAUUUGAAAAGCCUCACUUUUUUGGAUUUAUCAAUUAAUCAUCUUACUGGUCCUAUUCCUAGUGAGUUGGGGAAUCUGAUAAAUCUCACAGAGAUAGAUUUAUCUAAAACUCAACUUACUGGUUCAAUUCCGAUUACUAUAGGUAACUUAACUGAGCUCAAAAUUCUAUACCUAUUUUCUAACCAACUUUCUGGUUUUAUUCCUAGAGAGUUGGGAAAUUUGAAAAGCCUCACUGAUUUGGAUUUAUCCACUAAUCAUUUUACUGGUCCAAUUCCUGGUGUGUUGGGGAAUCUGAUAAAUCUCACAAAGAUAGAUUUAUCUAAAAGUCAACUUACUGGUUCAAUUCCGAUUACUAUAGGUGACUUAACUGAGCUCAAACUUCUAUACCUUUUUUCUAACCAACUUUCUGGUCCCAUACCUAGUGAGUUGGGUAAUUUGAAGAACCUCAAUGGUCUGUCCUUAUACGAAAAUCAACUUACUGGUCCAAUUCCUGCUUCUUUUGGCAAUUUGAGAAGCUUGCAAUUUUUGUAUCUCAAUGCCAACAAACUUACUGGUCCAAUUCCUGCUUCCUUUGGCAAUUUGAGAAACUUGCAAUUUCUGUAUGUGAGUGUCAACAAACUUUCUGGUUCUAUUCCAAAAGAACUUGCAUAUUUAGAUAACUUGGAAGAGCUGAUAAUAAGUGAAAAUCAGUUUUCAGGUCAUUUGCCUGAGCAUCUUUGCCAAGGUGGGAAACUUGAGAACUUCACGGUGAAUAGUAACAAGUUGUCUGGGCCAAUACCAAGAAGCAUGUCCAAGUGCUCGAGUUUCAAAAGGGUUCGCUUUGAUAACAACAGUUUUACUGGAAAUUUAUCUGAAGCUUUUGGUAUCUAUCCGGAGCUGCAAUUUAUUAAUUUGAGCAAAAAUGAUUUUCAUGGUGAACUCAGUAGCAACUGGGGGAAAUGCAAGAAGUUGACUGAUUUUCGAGUAGCCAGAAAUAGAAUUAGUGGUCACAUACCACCAGAGAUUGGAAAUCUCAAAGGUCUUCAAGGACUAGAUCUUUCAGCAAAUCAUUUGGUUGGGAAGAUCCCUAGGGAACUUGGAAAAUUGACCUCUCUAGUUAAUCUUUUUCUGCAAAACAACCAGAUUUCUGGCAAUAUUCCUAUGGAACUUGGAUCAAUGACAAAGUUAGAAUCCCUUGAUCUAUCAAAAAAUAUGUUGAAUGGGUCGAUCCCAACGUUUAUAAGAGAUUACAUACACUUGUUUCAGUUGAACCUGAGCAACAACAAAUUUGGC